UUUAGUUUAUCUUCACUGCACCUGGUAUGCUUUUACUCGGACCCAUCAUGCAAUGGCAUACCUCACGAAGCACGAAAUAAUUGCUGCUUUGAGCUGCCUUUGCCUCUCCCUUCUCCUAUUCGCCGCCUCCGCUGCUGCCCCUCCUUACGUGUCACGCCAGGCCGUCGUUUUCUGCUUCCUACUCUCAGUUCCCUUCACCGUUGGCUAUUGCGUCAUAUUCUUGGUUCAGUUGGUAGCAAUGUCGAUAAGACACUCUGUAGGCUGAUGAACAGUUCACCCGGAAAUAUUACAGGCAUCUGUGCGACAUGCAUGUAUCUCCAAGUGCGCGAUCUUAGACAGAGAGGGGGUGGUUUGUCGUUGGAAACAUACUUUUGCCCGACAAAGUAACAGACGGAGUGGAAUAGACGGUACACAAGGCAGUGUGGCUAGGUUACACAAGGAAACAAAACCUGCUAUGGAUACGCCCCCUAGGACAAGGAUAAUUCAUGUACAACUUACAAGGGCACCUAGAGCAGUCUCCAUGACAGGGGAAGUAAUACAUACCCAGUCAAGCAGGAAAGUAUAACAUCAAUAAGCACUAGUGGCAGGAGUGGUGUAGCACCGGGCCUGCUCUUCCUGCAAAUCGAACUGCCAUGUUCACUAACUCAAGGAUAACGGUUCACGGCUCACAUGGGUACCCAAUCAGUCACUACAAUAGGAAAAAGCAUGCGUACCCUGUCUACCGGGAAAUAUAACGUCAACACCAGCACUAGCGACAGC